UGUGAAUCAUCUGCAAAACUCCACGUAUGCCAAUUGUCAAUCAAUUGUGAUUGCGGCGACUACCCUUGCGAUCCAAAAGACGGCACUUGCCUGUGUCCUGUUGGGUUGAGUGGACCCAAAUGCAAGCAAGAUCCGAAUAGUGUAGCAAAACGAGGUGAUCUGCCAGAGGAUUGGGAGUGGCGAGCCCGACGGUGA